CAAAGGCAAAGACAGUCUGAAUAGCCCAAGCGGUUGUUAUACUGUUUUCUGUUAAAUAAAUUAAAAAGAAAAAUAUAAAGACAGCUUCUGUAGCUUGUGCAAAGAUGCUUGUCAAGACAUGUGUGAUUGUUAUUUUAUUGUCUGACUUCAGCAUUGCAAAAGAUUGGUGCUAUUUUGGCUGUGAAAAAUCGCUCCCACACUGGGGCAAAUACUAUCCCAAAUGUAAUGGCCGUAAACAGUCUCCAAUCAACAUCGACACCCAGAAAGUCGUUAAAAACCAAGAGAUGUCAUCUGUUGACUUGAUUAACUUCAGUCUUCCUCACACCAUGAAGAUGCUGAAGAAUAAUGGACACACCGUUGAGUGUGAGCUGAAGGCAGGAAUAGUGGGAGUUCAAGGAGGAUAUCUAAAGCACAAAUACACCGUCCUGCAGUUCCACUUUCACUGGGGUGAAAAGGACCUGGUAAACCAUCCGGGAUCAGAGCACUCUCUGAACGGACACAGAUCGCCUGUAGAAAUGCACAUUGUCAGCCGGAGAAGUGAUCUUAAUGACAGCACCGCAGCAAAAGUUCAAGAUGGCUUUGCUGUGAUGGGCUUCUUUAUUGAGGGCAAUGAAAAGGAAAAGCAAAAAGAGACGUCACAAGUCUGGGAAAGCUUCACCAAUUAUCUCCAAAAAAUACCAAGAAAGGGAGACAAAGUCAGAAUUAUGGAGCCAUUUUCUUUGCAUCAGCUCUUAAAGGGGGUUGAUCUCAGCAAGUUCUACAGCUACAAUGGCUCACUGACAAUUUUGUCCAUAGAAACAGAAAUAAAUUUUUCUGUACCAGAACUUUGCUGA